AUUCCCUCCCUUCUCUCCCAGAACUUUCCAAGCCUUCUGGGGAGCCACACAGGGCCUCAGUUUCCCCAACCGUAAGAUGGGGUUGGCAGCAGACAGCGCCUCCCUCUUUUGGUCACCAGGGCGAUUCCCGUAAAGCCCCAAACCGGUGUCCAGCCAGCUCGCUGACAUGCAAGAGGUGGCCCUGAGUCUGCUCAUCUUCCUGGCAGGCCUGCCUGCCCUGGAGGCCAACGACCCAGAAGAUAAAGACAGUCCUUUCUACUAUGACUGGCAGAGGCUCCGGAUCGGGGGGCUCAUCUGUGCCGCGGUUCUGUGCACCAUCGGCAUCAUUGUCCUCAUGAGUGAGUGGGGACCCUGGUGGCUGAGCUGGCAGGGCAGGGCUGUGGGUCCCCUCCCCCCAACCGUUCCUUCUCCCCCAACAGGUGGGAAAUGCAAAUGCAAGUUCAGCCAGAAGCCCAGCCACCAUCCGGGGGACGCCCCACCUCUCAUCACUCCAGGCUCUGCCCAGAACUGCUGAGGAUGCAUCAUCCCAAAAGGACAUAGAGGUCCCUUCUCUUCCCUCAAGUCCUGGCCCUGCACAGGAGCCCGGACACCAGGAUAGAAUUCUCCUUUCUUGCCUCAGACCACCUUGCCAGGGCUUCAUCUUACCUCUCUCCGGAGGGGUCUUUUUGUUCAAUUUGUAUCCUUAACAUUGAUCUCGCCUCCUGUCCAAAGAGCCUCAAGACUCCCUAUGUGUACACGGGGGUGGGCUUUUGAGGACUGGAAGGUGGAUGCACACUGGCAGCUGGUGCAGAAGCUGGAAGCUGAAUCUCCUUGUUGGGAAAAGCCCAAGACCUGCUGAGUGGCAUGCGGCCCACCCUCUGCCUCCAAAGCUAGGGGAACCACAAGCACAAUUUAAGAUUUUUCUAGUAGCCAAAUGGGGGACACUUUGGGGGGUGAAAGAGAGCUCUAACCAGAUGCACUGCUGGGACGUUCAAGGGGACACUGAGACCAUCCCAGGAAAACAAAGAUGUGGAUGUUCCUACUAUGA